AUGGAAGUGGCAGCUGCAAUUGCGGCUUGGGCCUGGACGUCGGCCUGUCAGAGUUUCAGUCUCCACCACCCUUGGUGGCACGGGCUAUGUCCGCGAUCGGUCGAACUUCAUGAUCUUGGGCCUCGAUUGUCCGCUGGGGCCCGGGUGUAUCUUCCGAACUCAACCGAGUUCCCUGUCCUGAGUGCGCGAUGGUCGGCUCUGAAAGCGCCCAGCCCCAGUGCAGUGGUUCUACCUGGUACGGAGGAAGACGUGGCCGAGAUAGUGAAAUACGCCAAUGAGAAGCAUCUGCCCUUUUUGACAUAUAAUGGUGCCCACGGGGCGUUGACAAGUCUGGGGCAGAUGUCACAUGGCAUCGAAAUCAAUCUCGCACAGUUGAACGAGGUGGAAAUCGCGGAAGAGGGGAGAACUGCCACGGUUGGGGGUGGAGCUUUAUCCAAAACGGUGAUUGACAAAUUAUGGCAAUCCGGGAAACAGACAGUGACUGGGACUUGCGAAUGCGUUUCGUAUCUCGGGCCUGGCCUUGGAGGUGGCCAUGGCUGGCUGCAGGGCUAUCAUGGCUUGAUUGCGGACCAGUUCGUGUCAAUGAAUGUCGUCCUCGCAGACGGGAGCCUGGAGAAGAUCGACGCGUCGUCAGAUCUCUGGUGGGCAAUGAAUGGCGCCGGUCAUAAUUUUGGUAUAGUGACAUCCGUCGAAACCACGAUUUACGAUAUUGAACAUCAUGACUGGGCGAUUGAGACGUUGAUCUUUUCCGGAGAUAAGGUAGAAGCAGUUUACCAGGCGGCGAAUGAUCAUAUUCUCAAGAACGGCACGCAACCCUCUGAUGUGAUCAACUGGUCGUACUGGUUGAAUGUCCCCCAGAUCGAUCCACAUAACCCUGUCAUCAUAUUCUACAUCAUCCAAGAGGGCGUCAAAACGGUCAAUCCAGCAUACAAAGAGCCUUUCUAUGGACUGGGGCCACUUUCUGCAGAGCCCAGCCGCGGCAGCUAUACCGACCUGGCCGCUUGGACUGGGAUUGACAUCGCCGCAAUGCCGUGUCAAAAGCUGGGGCAUGCCAACCCACGCUUUCCGAUCUAUUUGGAAUCCUAUAACAUUGAAGCUCAGCGAAGGGUUUAUGACGUAUUCGCCGAUGCCGUUCGUGGGUCAUCCCCUUUCAAUAAUUCGAUGUUCCAGUUUGAGGGAUAUCCUACGCAGGGCGUUGGAACUCGGAGCGAAAGCGCCUUUGCAUUUCGAAAUAGCCAUCUUCUUGUGGCCCCAUUGAUCAAUUACCUUCCGGAUGGCUCCAAGCGGGACCGUGAGGCCGCUGAUCUGGGCCAUCAUUUGCGAGACAUACUUCACAAAGCGACUGGGCAAGAACAGCUACAUGCAUAUGUCAACUACGCUUAUGGCAGUGAGACUUCUGAACAGCUGUAUGGUGAGGAGAAAUGGAGACAGGACAAAUUGCUGCACUUGAAGCGGAAAUAUGACCCAGAGGGGAAGUUUAGCUACUAUGCGCCAAUUGCACAGAUUUAG